CUAAAUUCUGUACAGACCAGCAAUUCACACAACAAUUCUUUCUUUCUUUCGUUCUAUAUUUAUAUUUAUUCAUUUCCCCAAAUGGCUCCUAGAGACGCACUGGAGUUCCCUGCCUCCGACAGGGUCUUUCUAGAACCCCACCUACCACCCCUGGACAGUUCCGCUACUCCUGCUACGCCUUCUACUACUACGCCAUUCACGACACUCACCUUCGCCACGUCGCUGGACUCUGCUCUCGCUCUGUCCCCGGGCACCCGCACUGUUCUGUCCGGCGCACAGUCCAAGGCGAUGACGCACUACCUGCGCUCUCGGCACGACGGGAUCUUAAUCGGCGUGGGCACCGCGGUAGCAGACGACCCGGGUCUGAACUGUCGGAUACUCGGUGUGAGCGGAUACGAAUCAGAAUUAGAAUCAGAAUCCCAAAGUCUAUCUCAAGAACUUCACGGCCAACCGCGUCCCGUGGUGAUUGAUCCGAAUGCACGCUGGGGGUUUUCCGAGGAAAGUAAACUCUUCCAACUCUGCCGAGAGGGAAAAGGACGUGCGCCGUGGAUAGUAGUCACGCAGGCGACGGCCCAAAGUAUUCCAUUUGAUAAAACGAGAUUGUUGGAGAGGUAUGGCGGCCGGUUCAUCACGGUGUCUUCCUCUUCUUCCGACUCACUCGACUGGCGGGCGAUCCUCGAGACGCUAAAGAUGAACGGCUUGUCCAGCGUGAUGAUCGAAGGGGGUGGACAAGUCAUUAAUUCGCUCCUGGAACCGCCGAAUCUCGGCCUGAUCGACAGUGUGAUUGUGACGAUUGCCCCAACGUGGCUUGGGCGCGGGGGGGUGGUGGUUUCGCCGGCGAGACGGGUUGACGAGGGGGGGAAUGCCAUUCCGGCGGCGAGGUUGAGAGAUGUUGUCUGGUAUCCUCUUGGUGAAGAUGUGGUGUUAUGUGGCAGGAUCGGUGGUGUACACUGUAGGGGGUAGAUAAUGUCUAGGCAUGAGUUUCUACGAAUAGUCACAGAUAGGAUAUAAUCUCAGUCACCAUACUAUCAAUAGAACUAACUAUCUAGAUAUACUAUCCAGAUAUAC